CUUCGGGGUUGUACACACCAUACGAACCUGACUAACUAUGUGGGUCGAGCAGGGAGUGCCGCGUCUUGAACAUUGAAACGUUGACACAACGUGGCCCGAACUUCCGAUUUCGGUGGCAGGUUCAAUUCGUACAGUAAGUACUGCCAUAAGGCUAGUGCGACUGACUAUGUAUAGAGACCGCCACCAAUAAAAUGACAGGGUUCCUGCAUCCAGCUUGAGAUAAACGUGAUAUGGAACUCGAUCGAAGCUUGAAUUAUACAGCAUGGAGGCUCCCGAACCGAUGCUGAGUUUUAUAGAUAUAUACCCCAAACCUGCUGCCUCCCUUGGACAGAACGAAUUCCCGAGAUCCUCUUACAAACUGCAAUGCAAAUAGUAUCCCUCCAUCUUCCAACAGUCCACCAACCAAGUCGACCUAUCCCGAUCCAUGGAUCUGAUGUUCAGAAAGUCAUAUGGUCUUCCGAUGGACGUCUGAAGCUCAGGCCCAUGCCUGCCGAAAGAGUACAAGCACAGAGAUAUAAACCAGGCAACAUCAUUCAGAGAGACAUUGGGAACUUCAACAUCCCACACAUGAUGAUAGAUCCUAUCGAGAUAUCAGCUCCUCCUGGAUGGCAAGCCUACAUUCAUCCUGAAGGCCGUCUCUAUUACUGUUAUGAGAACGUGGUGACUUUUGACGGAUGUUCAAGAAAAAUUCACGUUAUAACGCAGGCGGAUCUCGUUCGCGACGGAGUUGCUGAGACAAUCGAGGACCUUGCAAAACUCGCUUAUAGUCAUGCUUGUCACUAUUCUUCUUUCCCGGCGAAUGUAGACCUCGUAUUGGAACCUAAGGAUGUCGGAGAAACCAUUAUAGGAGAAUAUUAUUUCGUGCAUCAUAAGAACAGGUGCCUGUUCUGGUUGCUGGACUUCGAUGCCGUCGACAUCCUGCGAGAAUGCAGUGGAGUCACUGAACUUGCUCAUAAGAAGAUUGAGUUGGAGGCUCAGUACUGGAAACAUAUCGACCUGUUUCCGCACGCAAGUGCUCUCCACUCCGAGGUCCUUCGACAAUUGCAGCAGAUCAUUCGUUUUGCGAUAAGCGAUUGCAUGACUUCGGAAGUAUCGGCAGUCUGUGCUUUCAGCAUGGAUGUCCUCAGGAACACUCUGGACCUCAUCAAAGAUGUAGAUGUGGAGGACGAUUGGAUUCAGUCGGCACAUGACAAAUGUCUCGUCGCAAGGACAAUGAACCAUUUUAGACAUUGUCAAUACCUCAACUACUAUGGGCAGCGAGGCGCACGGCUCUCUCGAGACCAGACUGUACAUGGCAACUCCUACGAAAAGCGGUCCGUUAUGAUGAAAUGUCUUGCACCCUUGCUCUUCAAUGCUCCUUAUGAGCACGUCCACUCUCUUCACAAACUCUACGUCGACUCCAUAGUUCAUCAGCUCGACUGGCGCACCUUCGUUCAAAAGCUGAACGCCGAGAUGCAGGACUUCAAUCUGCUCGCGACCGUGCUCUUGAGUGUCAAUGUUGGCUUUUUGGCGAUUCAGAGCGUAGAUAAUGGUGGAGGAUAUUCUUUAUCGCAGAUCACGAGCUACGUUUCUGUGAUCUCAAGUUUUGGGUGCAUGCUGCUUGGUGUGAAUAUCGCGAGACAAAGCUACACUCAAGGUCCAGACAUGGUCGAUAAUGUGCAAGCACACCUGCAGAGCAUGGUGCACCCCAAGCACGGCCUCGAGACGCUUGCAAUCAUAUACAGCCUACCGUAUGCUUUACUCAUGUGGGGGAUGAUAUUUUUCGUGAUUGCAUUUUUAGCUGAAUGUUUUCGUAACUCGACUGUGGUACCCUCGGUCCCUGUAGGUGUGACGGCGCUCAUUGUGCUGGUGCUUGUCGGGUGGUCUUCAAGUUGUCACAAGUUGGGAGACCCAAAUCUCAGGGCGGGCUGUGGGUACUUGUCUGAAAGUGUGCUCGCGGCAGGAAAGUGGGCCAAGGAUCUACCCAGGCGGAUUCCGGCAGUGUUGCGCUCAUGCGCCUCGGUAAGCGAAAAGAAUCAAUUGGGUCCGGAGUUGGGUCUUUGAAGGUGGGAAAUUAUAAAAACCCCGCUGUCGGGCAUCAAUGUUACUGUA